AUGUUAUUGAGUCGGUGGCGGACAUUCAUACUGAUAAUCACACCAAUAGUGUUAUUGCCAUUACUAACAACUAUUGCAACAUCAGAGUCAAGAUGUGCUUAUGUGGUGCUAAUAAUGGCUAUAUUUUGGGCCACAGAACCCAUACCUUUACCCAUAACAGCAUUAUUGCCCGUUAUUUUGUUGCCAUUACUGGGACUGUCUACCACUGAAGAGGCCUGUACACCAUUUCUUAAAAGCAGUAAUAUGCUAUUCCUGGGAUGUCUGGCUCUGGCACUGGCUGUUGAAAGAAGUAAUCUUCAUAAAAGAAUAGCAUUAAAAGUAUUAUUAAAAGUCGGCACUCAAUUUGAAUGGUUAUUAUUAGGGUUUAUGUUGACCACAAUGAUGCUGUCCAUGUGGAUCGUUAGUACGGCCACUGUAGCCAUGAUGUUACCCAUUGCCGAUGAAAUAUUAUCCCAUCUGUUUGCUAAUAAUAACACAGUUGAAGAUAACAACAAAAAAUUGAUACAAAACUAUGAUAAAGACAAUAAUAAACCAACAAUUUUGACAACAGUUGUCACCAUUGAUGAGGAUUUUGAUCGGAUUAAGCGAAACAAGUUAAGCAAAUUGUUAUAUUUAAGUAUCGCAUACUCAGCCACUAUGGGCUCUGUUAGUACAUUGACUGCAAAUGGACCUAAUAUUGUGAUGAAACAUCUGCUCGAAGAAUUAUACGGUAAUCGUGAUCCCGUAGACUAUGCCAGUUGGUUCAUAUAUGCGUCUCCCGUAUCCAUAAUUAUCACACUUAUUUGUUGGCUGUCCUAUAAAUUGUUAUUUUUAAGAAACAUAUCGGUGCCUAAAGAAAAACGUCAGGCAUUAAAAAAUAUAUUAUCAAAAAAGUAUGAAAAAUUGGGUUCAAUCACAUUUCAUGAAUUUGCAGUAUUGGCAGUGUUUGUGGUAAUGAUAUUACUGUACUUCUUUCAUGACCCCCAGUUCAUGACCGGUUGGUCUAAACUAUUGUCAAUAAACAAUAUUAAGCCCAAACCCGCCGGAGGCGCUAUAUUUUGUACUUUGCUUUUAUUUGUAAUACCGUCCAAUCCAUUUGGUCCGACACCGAGUACAGCACUGUUAGAUUGGAAGACAGUACAAACUAAACUGGAAUGGGGUGUCAUUAUACUCAGAGGGGGUGGCUUUUCAAUAGCCGAUGCCGUAACUUCGUCAGGCCUUUCACGACUCGUUGGUCAACAGCUGACACUCGUUGCUUCACUGCCUACCAGUGCUGUCACAGCUUUAUUGGCAAUUAUAGCAAGUUUUCUGAUUGAAGUCAUGAGGACAUCAGCGACGGCCACAAUCCUCAUACCAGUAGCCGCACAGUUGUCUGAAGAUUUGGGAAUUAAUCCAUUGAUACUAAUUAUAACACUUGCCAUGUCCUGUGCCUAUGCAUACCUAUUACCAGUGGGAACUACAGCUAACACUAUAGUAUAUUAUCAUGCAAAACUCAAUAUUUCAGAUAUGAUUGUCCCAGGUCUAAUAGCCAAAAUCAUCUCAAUAGCAAUGAUGUUACUUAAUAUUUAUUUAUUAGGAUAUCCUAUAUUUAAUUUACACGAUUCGUCACCAAAUUGGUUACAUGAAAAUUACACAAUU